CCGGUAACCGGCGAGCACACUUCUCUCCUCCCCCCCCCUUCCGCGUUCUCGCCGAAGCACGGCUCCGCGCGCGGGAGCGCGCCGGGGGCAGGCUGCAGCUGGCCCCUGGGAAGGGUUCAGCAGCUGUCAAGAGUUUAAGAAGGCUUUGUUCAGAACACUUCCUGCAUUGUUCAUGGAGUUUUUCCUCAGCAUGUCUGAGACCAUCAAGUACAAUGAUGACGAUCACAAAACUGUCUUCCUGAAGACCCUCAACGAGCAGCGCUUGGAAGGGGAGUUCUGUGACAUCGCCAUCGUGGUGGAGGAUGUCAAGUUCCGAGCCCACCGCUGCGUCCUGGCCGCCUGCAGCACCUACUUCAAGAAGCUCUUCAAGAAGCUGGAGGUGGACAGCUCCUCGGUCAUCGAGAUAGACUUCCUGCGCUCGGACAUCUUCGAGGAGGUCCUCAACUACAUGUACACCGCCAAGAUCUCCGUCAAGAAGGAGGACGUCAACCUGAUGAUGUCCUCGGGCCAGAUCCUGGGCAUCCGGUUCCUGGACAAGCUGUGCUCGCAGAAGCGCGACGUCUCCAGCCCCGAGGAGAACCCCCAGGCCAAGAACAAGUACUGCCUGAAGAUCAACCGCCCCAUGGGCGAGCCCAACGAGGCCCCCGACGACGAGGUGGAGGAGAUCGGCGACCACGACGACAGCCCCUCGGACGUGACGGUGGAAGGGACUCCCCCCAGCCAGGAAGACGGCAAGUCCCCGACCGCCACCCUGAGGGUGCAGGAGGCCAUCCUCAAGGAGCUGGGCAGCGAAGAGGUGCGCAAAGUCAACUGCUACGGCCAGGAGGUGGAGCCGAUGGAGGCGACGGAGUCGAAGGACUUGGGGUCGCAGACCCCGCAGGCUCUGGCCUUCAACGACGGCAUAAGCGAAGUGAAGGACGAGCAGACCCCGGGCUGGACCACGGCGGCCGGGGACAUGAAGUUCGAGUACCUGCUGUACGGCCACAGGGAGCACAUCGUCUGCCAGGCCUGCGGCAAGACCUUCUCGGACGAGGCGCGGCUGCGCAAGCACGAGAAGCUGCACACCGCCGACAGGCCGUUCGUCUGCGAGAUGUGCACCAAGGGCUUCACCACCCAGGCUCACCUGAAGGAGCACCUCAAGAUCCACACCGGCUACAAGCCCUACAGCUGCGAGGUGUGCGGCAAGUCCUUCAUCCGCGCCCCGGACCUGAAGAAGCACGAGCGGGUGCACAGCAACGAGCGGCCCUUCGCCUGCCACAUGUGCGACAAGGCCUUCAAGCACAAGUCCCACCUCAAGGACCACGAGCGGCGGCACCGCGGGGAGAAGCCUUUCGUCUGCAGCUCCUGCACCAAGGCUUUUGCCAAGGCCUCGGACCUGAAGAGGCACGAGAACAAUAUGCACAGCGAGAGGAAGCAGGUGACCGCCGCCAACGCCAUCCAGAGCGAGACGGAACAGUUGCAGGCGGCGGCCAUGGCCGCCGAGGCAGAGCAGCAGCUGGAAACCAUAGCGUGCAGUUAG